AGACAAGAGCAGACGCAAAGCAGAUCUCCUGAAAGCCAAUAGUGCACCAAGCAAAGACUCUUGGUGGCUACAUCUGAAGAUAUAGUAUUAUUCUAAGACAUCAGCAAAAUGAAUAAAAAGGAAGACCAAGGAGAUCCAGCAGAUAUGGAUGAUUUAACAGAAAGUGAAGAAUAUGAGGAUGAUUUUGAAAAAGACCUCGAAUGGCUAGUUAAUGAAGAAGAAAAAGAAGACAAUGGUGAAAGAGAGAAUCCUGAAAAAAAUGAAGAGGAUACUGAUACACAAAUUGUUAAAGAUGCAGGUGACUUUGAAGAAGACAAUGAGGAAAUGGAAGAAAAUCCAGGUCAACUUUCAGAGGCAGAUGUAGAUGCGAAAGUGAGACUCUCCAAUGAAGCAAGUUUGGAAUCCAGGUCUGAUAUUAACCAGGAGGAGAGUGUGUCUGAUACUGACAGUGAAAGCUGUAUCCAAGAAUCCAAGAUGGAAAACCUGCAGGAACUGGAUGAAGAGGAAGAUGAAGAAAUAAAACGUUAUAUCUUAGAAAAGAUUGAAGAAGCCAACAAACUGCUGGAGAAUCAGGCUCCUGUGGAUCAAAACAGAGAACGGAAACUAAAAUUUAAGGAUAAGUUGGUGGAUCUUGAAGUUCCUCCUCUAGAAGAUGCUGAAGUUUGUAAAACCGACCUUGCAAGAGGAGAUGAUGUUUCAGAUAGGCUAUCUCAGUUGCAUAUUUCUAAUGAAAUGGGGCAGGAAAGUGCAUCACUUUCCCCACAUGCUGGCAAGGAUGAGGAAAAGAAGGAUGGUAAAAUCUUAGUGGAAAAAGAUGGGAAGUUUGAACUCUUAAGUUUACAUGAUAUUGAAAGCCAGGGCUUUUUGCCCCCAAUAAGUGUUUCUUUUACUGAUAUUGAAACUCAACGUAUGUCUCCAAAAUCUUCACACUGUGGUCCUUUUGGCACUGCCUCUCAUAUGAAGGAAGUACCUGCAGUUAGACCAGGAGCACAUUCUUUUUCUGCUGGUGGAGAGGAGUGUGCGUAUUUCCCUAAGCCUCCGUCUAACCCCAGGUGUCGUCCGAAUUCUGCUGUCAAUGCUGCAAGAGGUCUGGCAAAGCGGAAGGCUCCGCAGAGAGCACAGUCUGCAAAUGUGCCCGUGAGGAGCUCCACUUACUGUCUUUCUCCCAGACAGAAAGAAUUGAGGAAGCAAAUAGAACAAAGGAAGGAAAAACUGAGGAAAGAGGAGGAAGAAAGGAAAAGGGAACAAGAAGAACAGAAGAGAAGAGAGAAUGAAAUGGUUUUUAAGGCUUGGUUACAGAAGAAGAAAGAACAAGUGCAAGAAGAGAAGCGAAUUCGUCGUGCAAAGGAGCUAGAAGACUUGAACAGCAAAGACAGGAGCAGGAAUCCAGAAGAAGCCUUCAAGUUAUGGCUCAAAAAAAAGCAUCAAGAACAUAUGAAAGAAAAACAGAUAGAAAUUUUGAGACGCCAAGCUGAGGGAAUUGCGUUUUUUCCAAGAACAGAGGAAUGCAACAGAGCCUUUAAAGAAUGGCUAAAACGAAAGAGAGAAGAAAAACGAGCAGAAGAGCUUGCUGCUAAAGAGAGAGCAAGGCAGCUUAGAUUAGAAGCCAGAAGGGCCAAACAGAUGCAGAACAUCCACUGUAUUAAUUCAGAGCCCAAAUCCUUUCGCUUCACAGACCACUACAGUUGAAAAUUUGAUAUAACCACAAGGUUCGUGGUGGCAACCCUCUUUUUUAUGGCUUGAGCUUUUGCUCUUUACAGCUACUGACUUUUUUUUGUGGUGUUUUUAAUGCUUUGAAGCAAGUUUAACAAUUACCUUUGCUGACAAUGACUUUAUUUAUUUGUAAUUUUAUUGAAAAGCCUGCUUUUAUGUGUAACUCAGGGAUCUUCUUGGUUUGACCAAAUUUAAAUGAGUGAGAGAUCUAUAUACAAGGGUGGCAAAUACCUGUCUUUAAAAGGCACUUUAUACUCAAGUCCACCAUGAAUUCCUGGAUGCAGGCUAUUACGUAAAGUAUUGAAUUUUUGCUGGAUUAAUAUUGUUGUUCGCUGCUGCUUGUGGUGAAGACUGUACGAGGUGUCAUGUUGUUGGAAAAUGCAGUUGCUUGUACCACUUCUUCUUGAUCUGUUGACCAGCUGCUAAUUCUGGCUAGACCCGAGGGCUGUUUUAUUUCAGUUCAGGGGGAGUGGUCAGUGAAGGCUAACGUAUAUGUAAACAUGCCACAGUUUUUAAAAUGUAUUUCUGUGAGUCAUAGCCAGUAGCUUUCUAUCACGUGGAAUUAAAAGGUUGUGU